AUGGUGGUUCUGGCUCUGACACUCUUUGUAGGUGCCAUUGCUGUGUUCUCCGUGGGGCUCCUGCUGUGGGUGAUCUGUAGAAACUUUUGGACAGAACACAUCCCUAAAGGCAUCACUCACCCUGUGCGGCUUCGAAUCCUCAGUUGCCUUCUACAGCUGACAAUGACCUGGGGGAUGAUCUUUGAGAAGUUGGGACUGUGUUAUGCACCCCAGUUUGCCAGCUUCCUGCAUGAUCUGAAGCCACUCAAGAGAGAUCCUGAUGUUGUGGUCACAAAUCUUCACUUUGGGACAAUCCCUGUGAAGCUGUACAAGCCCAAGGAACCCUCCACCAUCCCAAGGCCUGGCAUCAUCUUCUUCCACGGUGGUGGAACCAUCCUGGGGAGCUUGAGAACCCACCACAAUGUAUGCUUGCGUUUGUCCAAGGACUGUGGCUCUGUCGUCGUGUCAGUGGGAUACAGAAAAUCUCCCAUGUACAAGUACCCAGUGAUGAAAGACGACUGUGUGGUGGCCACCACGCACUUCCUGAAAUCCUUGAAUGUGUAUGGCGUGGAUCCAGAUCGAGUUGUGGUCUGUGGGGACAGCGUAGGAGGGAAUGCAGCAGCUGUGAUUUGUCAAAUAUUUUUGAACCAAACAGAUCUCCCCCGGAUCCGGGCUCAGAUUUUGAUCUACUCCACACUGCAAAGCGUAGAUUUUCAGAGCCCUUCUUAUCAACAGAAUGCCCACAUACCGCUGCUCACCUGGGAUCUGGCCUUUUACUGCUGGUGUUGUCACCUAGGCGUGAGCCCUUCCUGGAAAAGCGUGGUCAAGAAUCGUAUGCAUCUCCCUCCAGAAGUCUGGAAGAAAUUCAGAAAGUGGUUGGGCUCAGAAAACAUCCCAGAGAGGUUUAAGAAGCGAGGCUACCAACCCAUACCUCUGGGGCCUGUGAACGAAGAUGCUUACAGGGAAACAAACACCGCAAUGGACAAUGUCUGUUCACCCCUCCUUGCAGAAGACGACAUAGUGUCUCGGCUCCCGGAAACUUGCAUUGUGAGCUGUGAGUAUGACCUUCUCCGAGACCAUUCACUCCUGUACAAGAAGAGGCUGGAAGACCUGGGGGUGCCUGUCACAUGGCAUCAUGUGGAGGAUGGUUUCCAUGGAGCGCUUAACACCCUCGACUUUGGCUUCCUGACCUUGCCUUGCUCCUCAAGAAUUAUGGAUGUAGUUACCCAGUUUAUUAAAAGGUUUUGA